AUAUGCUUCUAUGUUAUGGGGAGAAAACAUUCCAACAAAAAGCACCAUGUCCCAAGUCAAACAUCGCCCUCUCGGAGCUUGUACACAAAUCAUUGGGCUGUCCGGAUUACAGGGGGACACGAAGAGGCAGAUAAACUUGCUUCAAAAUAUGGCUACAGCAAUUUGGGGCAGAUUGGAGGCCUGGAAAAUCAUUAUCAUUUUCACCACGGUAGAGUGGUACGAAGAUCCACUUUUGCCACUAAAGGAACACACCGUUUCAUCCACAUGGACCCUAAGGUCGAGUGGGCGCAACAGCAGGUGGUCAAGUCACGAGUGAAACGAUACAUCAGGAAUGACCCCAACUUUGUCCAUUUCAAUGACCCGAAGUGGUCUAACAUGUGGUACAUCCACUGCACCGAAAAAAGCAGCCGCUGCCGCUCGGAGAUGAACAUCCUGUCCGCCUGGCAGAGGGGCUACACGGGUAAGAACGUCGUCGUCACCAUCCUGGAUGAUGGGAUUGAGAAGAACCACCCGGAUUUGGCCCAAAACUAUGACCAGCUGGCAAGUUAUGAUGUCAAUGGGAACGACCAUGACCCCACCCCUCGCUAUGAUUCCACUAAUGAAAACAAACACGGGACGCGCUGCGCUGGCGAAGUGGCAGCUGUGGCCAACAACUCCCACUGCAUCGUUGGCAUCGCCUACAACGCACGCAUAGGAGGCAUUCGGAUGCUGGAUGGAGAUGUAACAGAUGUUGUGGAGGCGAAGUCUCUCGGCAUCCGCCCCGAUUACAUUGACAUUUACAGUGCCAGCUGGGGCCCCGACGACGACGGGAAGACGGUGGAUGGUCCAGGCCCUCUGGCCAGACAGGCCUUUGAAGUGGGCAUUAAAAAGGGCCGGAAAGGCCUAGGCUCCAUCUUUGUGUGGGCCUCGGGGAAUGGCGGCCGGCAGGGUGACCACUGCUCGUGUGACGGCUACACCAACAGCAUCUACACCAUCUCCAUCAGCAGCACCACGGAGAACGGCAACAAGCCCUGGUACCUGGAGGUGUGCUCCUCCACCCUGGCCACCACCUACAGCAGCGGGGAGUUCUACGACCGCAAAAUAGUGACCACGGACCUUCGGCAGCGCUGCACCGACGGACACACUGGCACCUCUGUCUCCGCUCCUAUGGUGGCCGGGGUCAUCGCUCUCGCCCUGGAGGCCAAUCCUCUCAUCACCUGGCGUGACGUGCAGCACCUCCUAGUGAAGACCUCCAGACCGGUCCAUCUGAAAGCCAAAGACUGGAAGACCAAUGCAGCUGGACACAGAGUCAGCCACCUGUAUGGCUUUGGCUUAGUGGACGCAGACGCAAUGGUGGUGGAGGCCAAGAAGUGGAGAAGUGUUCCACCUCAGCAUUCGUGCACCAAAAUAUCAGAUCGUAGGACCAGGUACAUCCGUGCGGAGCAGAAGCUGAACACCACCGUCACCAGCACCGGCUGCAGCGGUCAGCCCGACCAGCACGUGGCCUACCUGGAGCACGUUGUGGUGCGUGUGCUGAUCGUGCACCCGCGCCGCGGAGACCUGGAGAUCAACCUCGUCUCCCCCUCCGGCACCCGCUCCCAACUGCUCGCCAAGAGGCUGUUCGACAACUCCAACGAGGGCUUCAGGAACUGGGAGUUCAUGACGGUGCACUGCUGGGGGGAGCGAGCCGAGGGCCAGUGGACCCUGGAGAUCUCCGACUCGCCCUCGCAGCUCCGCAGCCCCGAGGUCAUGGGUAAACUGAAAGAAUGGACCCUGAUCCUGUACGGCACUGCGGAAAACCCGUACCACUCUCACGGCUCCCACCAUUCCCGCUCUCGAAUGCUGGAAAUUCAGAGCCCCGGCCAAGAGCUGCCGAGCCCCGCGCCGUCACAGGUGACCCCAGAACAGGAAGAGGAGGAGGAGGAGGAGUACAAUGGCUCCUGCCACAGUGAAUGUGGAGAUCAGGGUUGUGAUGGGCCAGACGCGGAUCACUGUCUGAACUGCAUCCACUUCAGCCUGGGCAACCUCAAGACAGGAAGGACCUGUGUGAGCCACUGUCCGCUGGGUUUCUUCGAGGACAGCGGCGCUCGGAGGUGCCGGCGCUGCCACCGCGCCUGCGAAACGUGCACGGGCCGCGCACCCGUCGAGUGCCUCUCCUGCCGCAGAGGCCUCUUCCUCUACGCCCACGACAACACCUGCGUGGACUCAUGCCCCGCAGGCUUCUAUGCCGAUGACGUCCAGAGGCAGUGUCUGAGGUGCCAUGAAAACUGCAUGAAAUGCCUGCGCGAUGCUGAUAGGUGCACAGCCUGCACCGAAGGCUUCAGCUUGGCAGGGAUGACCUGCGUUCCAGAGUGUGCCAACGGAACAUUCUUUCACCUGGAGGAAAUGAAAUGCAGUCCCUGCCACCUCUCCUGUUCCACCUGCACCGGGCCAGGGAAAGAAGAAUGCAUCCGGUGCGCCACAGAUUUCCUACAGCAGGACUGGAUGUGUGUCCCAGAAUGCAGUCCUGGCUACUACGAGCCUGAGGCCGGAGGUUUCCAUCACAAGAUGUGCCGCAAGUGUGAAGAGAAUUGCUUGAGUUGCGAGGGCCCAGGGCUGACGUGCACCAAGUGCAAAGACGGCUACAACCUCAUCAGCAGGACCUGCAUCGUCAACGCCACCUGUAGCAAUGCGGACGAACUGUUCUGUGAGAUGGUCAAGUCCAACCGCCUGUGUGAGAAGAAGCUCUUCCGCCAGUUCUGCUGCAGGACCUGUCUGAUGACGGGUUGAGUAAGUGAGAGAAAGUGAAAGGGUGCCUGGAGAAAAUGGAAAGUCAGCCUACCCAACUCGCAAAACAUGUGAUUCGAUGUACAUUUUAGUUAGUUAAUGUCUGUGAUUUUAUUGAAAAUAAUCAUCAUUUUAAUUAAUCCCUUCAAGGGGCAUAUAUAUAUUUUUAAAUCUGUUUUAUAAACUUCAUACAGUAUGCAACAUGUACAAAUUGUUUAUUUUCUAAUUAAAGGCUGCAUCACUAAGAUCUCAAAAGUCUGUACAACUGUAAAUUGAAGUAAAUAUCUAUGAACCACUGUCAUCAGAAUUUCAUUUUCAACAAUUUGCAAAUUUAAAGUGAGGACUUGAACAAGGAUUUUGAAUAAAAACCAUGUGAAAUGUUAUGCUAUAAAAAGAUUUUGCAUUUUUAGAUGAACAUAUUAGUAGAUGAAGUGUUCUAAGUAAGCUGUGUAACGCAGUUGUAAAUUUUAGAAAAUGUUUUUGAUGUCACAACUGUGUUUCAAGAUGUUAUGAUGGCAAAAUAAAUCUGAAAGAGGUUGGAAA